ACAACAAUAAAAUAGAAAUAUCACUAUCUUUUUUAGUUAACAAUAGAAUUAAUAACGCAAAUAUAAUUUAUUUUCAUAGUUGGUACAUUCCUCAUGAGUUGACUCUAUUUUAUAAAAUACACAACUUUAAUUUAUGAAAUAAUAUAAUACUUCGAGAUAAAUAGAUUAUUAUCAAAAAUGAGUUUCUUAGGCAAAUUGUUUGGUAGUAAAAAAGAAGAAAAAGGUCCUACCACUGAAGAUGCCAUCCAAAAAUUGAGAGCAACAGAAGACUUAUUGAUAAAAAAACAAGAAUAUUUACAGAAAAAAAUUGAUCAAGAAUUAGAAAUCGCUAAGAAAAAUGGUACAACAAAUAAACGAGCUGCUUUACAAGCAUUAAAACGUAAAAAACGAUAUGAACAACAGUUAGCACAAAUUGAUGGAACUAUGUUAACAAUUGAAACACAGCGAGAUGCAUUAGAAGGUGCAAAUACAAAUAAUGCAGUGUUGACUACAAUGAAAACAGCUGCUGAUGCACUUAAAUCUGCUCAUCAAAAUAUGAAUGUAGAAGAUGUUCAUAGUAUGAUGGACGAUAUAGCUGAAUCACAAGAUUUAUCCAAAGAAAUAUCUGAGGCCAUAUCUAAUCCUGUUGGAAUAGGUCUGGAUGUAGAUGAGGAUGAUCUCCAAAGAGAAUUAGAAGAAUUAGAACAAGAAGAAUUAGACAAAGAAUUAUUGAAUACUGGAAAAACACCAAUUACAGAUUUGCCAACACCUGCAGUUCCAACUAGUGAGCCUAGUGGAAGAGGCCGCGCUAAAACAAAAGUAGAAGAGGACGAAGAUGAUAUGAGAGAAUUAGAAAAGUGGGCUUCUUAACUUUUGGCUGUUUAAAAAUGGCAUAUUCAACAAUAUUCUAAUUUUUCAUUGGAUUGGUCACAUUUUAUUAACCAUGUGAACACAAUUAUAUUAUGUUAUAUGAUAAUUUAAAUAUAUUUUGUUGAAGAAGAAUUCAACAUUUAAUUUAGUUACUUUGUAAUUACUAUUUAUAUUUACUUUUUACCAUAACAUUUUUUCAUUUUAUUACUAAUAUUAAUUAUACUUACGAUUUAUUAUUAUUAUCAAAUAGUUUCAAUUAUUUUAAUUAGUUAUAUAUUUUUAUCAUUUAUGUCAAAGUUUGUGAUUUUUUAGCCAUUAAUAAAGACUAAAAUUAUUUAAGAAUAGUAAUUUCUAAUUUUCAGGUACCUUAAGAGAGAAAGUAAAUAUAUGCUAUUGACAGAAA